AAGGUACAUAUAUAUUCAACAGUAAUAUCUUCAUUAAUUUUAGCGCACAUGUAGGCCAACUAUAUACAACUAGUAAUAUAGUAUUUCUUAUUUUUCUACCAUUUCGUUAUUUCAGUUUUUCUUAUUAUGUCAUAAUCAAAACCAUAAAAACUUCGCAUCUUCAUUGUUUUACUAAAUCUUGAUUAUCGCAGUAUAACUUCCCUUUUUUGUUUUCUUUCAAAAUAACAGCAUAAACCAACGUAAAUUUCACUUCAAUAAGUACGCGAGGACACUUCCUACUGCGGCUGGAACGUUAAAUGUACAUUAAAUAAAAGAACGAUAACUAUCAGUAAUGGCAGCUAGGAGAAAGUAUUCAAGUCCUCAUAAUACGUGAUGUACAAAAUUCAUAUCGAUCGACAUUAUCAAAACUAUCAGAACUAUACUGUAACUGUAAGUACUAUGUACAGAAUACAAUUUUGUUUUCUCAUAUUUCUACCCUAUCUCAUAUUCGUAAUCUCUUCUCUGUCUAUAUCUCAACAUUUAUCUUCGAAGUAUCUAUGUUUUUCAAUAAUAGGGGACCAAUUUUAUGUCUUCCAUCGAAUCGUCCAACAAGCGACAGUUUUAGAAAAAGAUGAUUGAUAUUUUCUGAUGUGAAUCCUAACUGAAAUUGGCAGUCCCUUAAAAGAACGAUUACGUCAUUUUCUUAUAGGUAUGUACAUAUGUAACUACCGUAUGAAUUACUAACACAAUAACACCAGCAAUCAAACAGCUUUGCCUCGAUACAAUAAAUGAAAUAAUAUGAAAAUACCGUCAUUAAAUUUCUUUACACUUUACCGAAUCAAUUUACUACCACUUGAUACUUUGGAUCUAUAAAGAAUCGCUUCAUGCAUUCGGCACGGCAUGCCAGUUUUAUUGAGUUUGUGGUUCCGUGCGUUUCGUUUCUUUACAAGUCGUUAUUUCGAAAUUUGGAAACAUGGACGUAUUUCAGAAAACCGGGGAACAGUAUCCUAAUAUAUAUGACAUUCCUUAUUAUAACACGAUCAAGAAGUAUAUGAGAUUUGUGGGCCUAGAUCCACACCAAAAAAAUGGAUUGAUCACUGUAAUUAUAAUGAUGACUAGUAUAACAACCGUACUUAUUCCAAUGUCAAUCGCAUUGUACGAAUCAUUAUACACCAAGAAUCUGGACGUGAUGCUCGAGUGUUUGCCACAUUUAGCUGCAAUUGUGACUAGUUUCGUUAAAAUAAUGAAUGUCUAUCUCAACAGAGAAAAUUUUAGAAAAUUGUUCGAUUCUAUAACGAAAGAAUGGCAGCAACUGAAAUUAAGUCAAGAUUUGUACAUUCUGGAAGAAGUAACCAUGCGAGGCAGCAAAUUGGCAAAAUUGUAUCGAAAUACAUUAAUGAUAUUUAUGGUACUCUUUUUAUUCGUUCCACUGAUUUCUCCUAUGAUGGAUAUCCUUCUUCCACUAAACGAAACCCGACCACGACAACAACUACUUAAUGUUAAUUACGUGCUUUUUGAUAGCCAUAACUAUUUUUUCUGCGUGUACUUACAGUUAUCUUGGGCGGCAAUAGUAGUUUCAAUAAGCAUAGUUACCGUAGAUUCUUUAUUGAUGCUUAUAGUUCACCACAAUAGUGGACUAUUUAUAGUAUGUGGGCAUCAAAUCCAGAAAAAAACAAGGCACUUAAAUUCAUUCACUAAUGAAGCUGUGUCGGAACAUUACACAUAUAAACAGAUCAGAAAUUGCGUGAUUAUGCAUAAUAAAGCCAUAAACUUUUAUGAUAUAUUAGACGAAAACAAUCGACUUAGCUAUAUGAUUCAAAUUGGACUAACUAUGAUUGGUAUAACCACAACUGCCGUUCAAACAGUCAUUAAUUUAGAUAGACCGGGAAUAUCAAUUAAAAGCGCUGUAUUAUGCGGAGCUAAUCAAUUUCAUUUAUUUAUGCUCAGUUUACCUGGACAGAUACUUGUAGAUCAUUGCACCGAACUAACGAAACAAUUAUACGGCUCUACAUGGUAUGGAGUACCAGUAAAAACUCAAAAAAUGCUUUACAUGAUGCAAAUAAGAACUAGAAGCCCAUGUACAUUAACUGCGUGUGGAUUGUACCAAAUGAAUAUUGAGAACUUUGGAACUACCUUCAAAACCUGCAUAUCGUACAUUACGAUGAUGUUGUCAUUGAAAGGAUGAAGUUCACUGUUACCUCUAUAUCCGUUGCAUUUUAUACUUGGACUGAGUAAGCAUGAAGAUGGUAUAAUAACCGAUAUAAUAGUUUGUCAUUAUAUCAAACGUACAAAUAAAAUUAAUAAAUCACGAUGAUUAGUUGAUAUACUUUAAUUCGCAAGUAAUACUGUGUACCUUUCCAAAAAUUACUGUACUGGACCUUUUUAAAUAUCGCCAGAAAGUACAAUGUAUGUAUGUAUACACAUUUACUAACAUCAUCAAGGUAAACAGAAAUAAUACGGGUCCUAAAUGAACUAGCACUAAUAAAACUAGCACUAUUAUAUGUAACUACAG